AUGUCUAUAAAUCUGAGCACCAGAGAAGAAGAAUAUCAUGUGAUACAGUUUAUUCAUGUGAGAAAAUCAACACUGCGAUGUCAUUUGUUGGUACAUACUGGUGUUAAGCCAUAUAGUUGUAACGUAUGUGGUAAACGUUUUAAACUAAAAUUAACAUUGCAAAAACAUUUGCUGAUACAUACUAGUGAUAAGCCAUACAGUUGUGAUGUAUGUAGUAAAUCUUUUAGUGUCAAAUCAAGUUUAGCACGACAUUUAGUGAUACAUACUGGUGAUAAGCCAUAUAGUUGUGAUGUAUGUAGUAAAUCUUUUAGCCUCAAAUCAAGUUUAGCACAGCAUUUAGUGAUACAUACUGGUUAUAAGCCAUACCUUUGUAAUGUAUGUAGUAAAUCUUUUAAUUUUAAAUCAAAUUUAGCACAACAUUUAGUGAUACAUACUGGUUAUAAGCCAUACAGUUGUGAUGUAUGUAGUAAAUCAUUUAGUCUCAAAUCAAAUUUAGCACAACAUUUAGUGAUACAUACUGGUUAUAAGCCAUACAGUUGUCAUGUAUGUAGUAAAUGUUUUAAACAAAAAUCAAUAUUGCAUCGACAUAUGUUCGUACAUAGUGGUGAUAAAUCAUAUAGUUGUGAUGUAUGUAGUAAAUGUUUUAAAGUAAAAUAUACAUUGCAACAGCAUAUGUUGAUACAUACUGGUGAGAAGCCAUAUAGUUGUGAUGUAUGUAACAAAUGUUUUAGUCGGAAAACACAUUUAAAACAACAUGUUUUGAUACAUACUGGUGAUAAGCCAUAUAGUUGUGAUGUAUGCAAUAAAUGUUUUAGAGAGAAAAGAAAUUUAACAGAACACGUUUUGAUACAUACUGGUGAUAAGCCAUAUAGUUGUGAUGUAUGUAGUAAAUGUUUUAGCAGAAAAUCAACAUUGCAACAGCAUUUGUUGUUACAUACUGGUGAUAAGCCAUAUAGUUGUGAUGUAUGUAAUAAAAGUUUUAGUCAGAAAUCAAACUUUUCAAAACAUUUGUUGAUACAUACGGGUGAUAAACCAUAUAGUUGUGAUGUAUGUAAUAAAUGUUUUAAAAGAAAAUCAACAUUACAAGGGCAUAUGAUAACACAUACUGGUGAUAAGCCAUAUAGUUGUGAGGUAUGUAACAAAUGUUUUAACAGAAAAUCAACAUUGCAGGAGCAUUUAACUAUACAUACUGGCGUCAAGCCAUAUAGUUGUGAUAUAUGUAAUAAAUGUUUUAACAGAAAAUCAACACUUCAGUGGCAUUUGUUUUUACAUACUGGUGUUAAGCCAUAUAGCUGUGAUAAAAUCAACAUUGCAACAGCAUUUGUUGAAACAUACUAA